AUGUAUUUGACAGGCAAAGCAGAAAUAUGGUUUGAUGGAUAUAUAAUGCAAAAGCACCAUGUAACAUGGCAUGAAUUUGAAGCUGAUAUCUGUCAUAGAUUCAGUGAUAGAUCUUUUUGUGAUAUUGUGGAAGAGUUCAUUAAAUUGACUCAAAAAGGGUCAGUGGAAGAUUAUCAGGAAAAAAUUGAGGAGUUACAGCCCUAUAUGUUGUUGCAGAAUCCUACUUUAACUGAAGAGUUCUUUGUAUCACUUUUUAUUAGUGGUCUAAGAGAUGAUAUUAAGCAUAGGGUCAAGGCUUUAGAUCCUAAAAAUUUGUUUGAAGCAUGUAAACAGGCCAAGCUUUAUGAACUUUCUGUGGAGUUUGAAAAUAAAAGAUUAAAGCCUUCUUUUAAAAGCCCACCGUACCCAAACCCCAUAUCUAUGCAUAAAACACCUGCUCUGCCAGUGCCUAUAAAGCCCACAUCAUCACCAAAUCUGAAACAGAAUCUUAUUGAUUAUAGAAGACAAAAUAACAUUUGUUUCAAAUGUGGUGACAAAUAUUUACCAGGACAUCAGUGUAAAAACAGGCAGUUAAAUAUGAUGACUGAAGAAAUUGAAACUUCUCCUUUGGAAGAUAGUCCCAUUGAUACAGAACAACUACAGCAGCCAGAAGAGGAAAACCUAGAAAUUUCUAUGAAUGCCAUAACUGGUUGUAUUGGACAUAAUACUUUGAGAAUUCAGGGUACUAUUAAGGGAAAACCCUUGAAUAUAUUAAUUGACAGUGGCAACACACAUAGUUUUUUGACCCCUAAAUGGGCUAAUACUGGUAUACAGAUUACUACCCCUAAUCCUCUGGCUAUCACUGUGGCUAAUGGCAAAAAAUUAUUCAGUUCUGCUAGGUGCAACAAGGUAGAAUGGCAAAUGCAGGGCCAUACUUUUUCACAUGAUUUUAGGCUGCUCAAAUUGGGAGGAAGUGACAUGGUCAUGGGAGUUGAUUGGAUGAAGUUAUUCAGUCCAAUAUCAAUGGACUUCAACAACAUGACCUUAAGCUUUGACCACCAAGGAGAUCAAAUUUGUGUUCAAGGUCAACAGCCCUCUAAUGAACAACUACAGAUUUCUGGGGCUACACUACUUAAAAUGUCUGCAUGGGAUUCAUAUAUUUUGGGUCAUGUUAUAUUAUUGAAUAUGGAAGGCAAUUCUACUAGUAUUCCUACUGAUAUUCAACAUUUGUUGGAACAAUACAUAUCAGUUUUUGCAGAACCAAAAGGGCUACCUCCUCAGAGAUCUCAUGACCAUGCUAUUCCACUCAAAUCUAAUGCUACUCCUGUGAAUCUAAGGCCUUAUAGAUUUCCUUAUAAUCAAAAGGCUGAAGUUGAAAAACAGAUAGCUACUAUACUGUCCUCUUCUAUUAUUCAGCCUAUGGAAGAUUUGCUGGAUGAAUUGUAUGGGGCAAUAUACUUUUCAAAAAUUGAUUUGAGGUCAGGGUAUUGGCAGAUCAAAAUUAAACCUGAAGAUAUUUACAAGACAACCUUUAGAACUCAUCAAGGCCAUUAUGAGUUCAAGUGUUUCUUUGGGCAAACUCAAGUGGAGUAUCUUGGCCAUAUUAUUUCUGCUGCAAGAGUAUCUACUGACUCUAGCAAGGUGGAGGCCAUGCAGAAUUGGCCUAAGCCUAAAACUCUUAAAUAUUUAAGAGGAUUUCUGGGCCUAACUGGAUAUUACAGGAGAUUUAUCAAGAAUUAUGGUAUUAUUAGCAGACCCUUGACACAGUUGUUGAAAAAAGAUGGAUUUCAGUGGACUGCUGCUGCUUAUACAACUUUUGAAGAUCUUAAAUUAGCCAUGUGUUCUGCUCCAGUUUUGGCCUUACCUGAUUUUUCUAAAACUUUUUAUCUGGAAACAGAUGCUAGUUCUAGAGGUAUAGGGGCUGUUCUUGCACAAGAAGGGAGACCUAUUGCUUCUUUGAGUCAAGCUCUAAGUCUUAAGAAUUCAUCAUUAUCUAUCUAUGAAAAAGAAUACCUUGUUAUUCUUUUGGCUGUUUCAAAAUGGAGACAUUAUUUGGAGAGCAAACCUUUUAUUAUUAAGACUGAUCAUGAGCCUCUAAAAUUUCUUUUAGAACAGAAGUUGACUACCACUAUUCAAAAGAAAGGGUUGACAAAGCUAUUAGGAUUGGAUUAUACUAUACAGUACAGAAAAGGAAAGUUGAAUGUUGUUGCUGAUGCUGAUGCCUUAUCUAGAAGAUGGGAGGAUUAG